AUGGAAAGGUACACGUUAAUGAAAGAACUUGGGGAGGGAACCUAUGGCAGUGUCCUGAAGGCGACUAAUAACGAGUCUGGUGAAGUUGUUGCCAUUAAGCAGAUGAAGAGAAGAUAUGAUUCAUGGGAAGAAUGUUUGAGUUUGAGAGAAUUGAAGUCCUUGCAGAAUUUGCAUCAUCCAAACAUUGUGAUGCUUAAGGAGCUUGUCCGCCAAAACAGCAUUCUGUAUUUCGUUUUCGAGUACAUGGAACAGAACCUUUAUCAGGUAAUUUCUGACAGGAAAAUCCUGUUCUCAGAAGUUGAAGUUCGGAACUUGUGUCGUCAGGUGUUUCAGGGUCUUGCUUACAUGCAUCAGAAAGGAUAUUUUCACCGCGAUCUUAAGCCGGAGAACCUGUUGGUUACUGAAGACGUUGUUAAGAUUGCUGAUUUUGGUCUUGCAAGAGAAAUCGAUUCGCAGCCGCCGUAUACACAAUAUGUUAGCACCCGCUGGUAUCGCGCUCCUGAAGUGAUGCUGCGGUCAGAUUGUUACAGUUCUAAGGUUGAUAUGUGGGCUAUGGGCGCUAUCAUGGCCGAGUUAUUCACUCUCCGUCCACUGUUUCCUGGUACCAAUGAGGGAAACCAGAUGUACAGAAUAUGCAGUGUCUUUGGCACUCCAACUAUAGAUUCAUGGGCUGAUGGAGUUCAUCUUGCGAGGACUCUUAACUACCAAUUUCCAAACUUUGAUGGUGUCCAGCUUUCGGCAUUGAUCCCAUCUGCCAGUGAGGAAGCAAUCGACCUUAUUUCAAUGCUUUGUUCUUGGAAUCCGUGCAAUAGGCCUACUGCUGAGGAGGCCUUAAAACAUCCUUUCUUCAGGAAUGGCCAUUACAUUCCGCCUUGUCUUCACUUCACAGCCGCUGCUAACAGAGAAAAUCAUUCUGAUGGAUCAAUAGAAGAAUUAGAGCAGAAACGCGACAUGGGAUAUUGCGGGGCUCUAUAUGAUUCAAGUCUCAAUUACAACUUUCCUUCCUCCAACAAGUUAGACACCAGUUCGAGUACAGUUGCAAGUUCUAUCAACACAAGCAGAACAACUGUUCGUGGAGUUUCAGAUGCAGCAGAUUUUUCAGCAAGCUUGACCGUUCUUACAUGCAAUUUGUAA